AGUUCGGUGCUGGGCAGUUCGGAGCCUCAUAAAACUGGGAGCAAUGUUGAAGUUUAAAUAUGGCGGCCGUUGCCUUAUGGACAUUGGACCAGGUGAACCAAUCACCAAUCGCUGUUCCAGAAUGAACUUAUUUUUUCAGGGAAAGACUUCAUUUCCAGGUCGAAUGCAUCAGCAAUCUUGCUGCUUAUUGACCAGAGAAGGACUUCUUGAUGCAAUUUUUGUCCUCUUUAAUGAGUGUAAUAACCCCGAACUGUUAAAGAUUAAACAUGUCGCCAACUUUGUGAAAAAGUACAGAGAUAUCCUGACUGAAAUGCGGGAGUUGCAACCUUGUGCUGAUGAUUUCGAAGUGCAAAGUGUGAUUGGUCGUGGUGUCUUUGCAGAAGUACAGGUUGUACGCGAGAAAGCCACCAACGAUGUUUAUGCGAUGAAAGUGAUGAAUAAGCAAGAGCUGGUGGGACAGGAUAACGUGGUGUUUUUUGAGGAGGAAUGCAGUAUCCUGUCACGCAGCACCAGUCCCUGGCUGCCAUUAUUACAGUACAUAUUUCAGGAUAAGGCUUAUAUCUAUCUGGUAAUGGAAUACCAACCAGGAGGGGAUCUGUUGGCACUUCUGAAUCGUUACGAUGAUCAGUUUGAUGAGAGUAUGGCUCAAUUCUAUCUGGCUGAGUUAGUUCUAGCCAUUCAUAGUGUUCACCAGAUGGGCUACAUUCAUAGAGAUAUCAAACCUGAGAAUAUCCUAAUUGAUCGAACAGGACAUAUUAAACUAGCAGAUUUUGGAUCAGCAGCCAAACUGACUGGAAAUAAAAUGGUUAGCUCAAAGUUACCAGUUGGUACACCAGAUUUCAUGGCUCCUGAAGUUCUGACUGUACUGAAUGGUGAUGGGUGUUCUUCAUAUGGUGUGGAAUGUGACUGGUGGUCUCUAGGUGUGAUUGCUUAUGAGAUGAUUUAUGGGAGGUCUCCAUUUGUUGAGGGAACAUCAGCCAAAACCAUCAGUAACAUUAGAAACUUUCAGAGAACUCUGAAAUUUCCAGAAGAGCCUAAAACUAGUGAGGAGUUUUCUGACCUAUUGCAAAGUCUGCUGUGUGGGGCAAAGGAACGUUUGAACUAUGAAGGACUCAUCUGCCAUCCGUUUUUUACAAACAUCAACUGGAACAAUAUCAGGGACAUUCCACCCCCUUUUGUACCCAAAUUGGAAACUGAUGAUGAUGUGUCCAAUUUUGACGAGCCGGAGAAAAUCUCGCGCCCAGCGAUCAAGGCACGGCCGCUGAAUAAGUCAGGUUUUACAGGAGAGGAUUUACCAUUUGUUGGAUUAUCCUUUAACAAGACAUUGGCUGCACUCUCCUGCUCAGAGUCAGUGACAUCGAUGAUGGACUCACCAGCGAAGACUAACUCUCUAGAAAAAAAGCUGCUGUUAAAGAACAAAGAACUGCAGGAAACACAGGAUACAUGUCAUAAGAUGGAUCAAGAAGUUACCCAUUUGCAACGUAAACUUUCUGAGCUGGAAACAGCACUUGAGCAAAAGCAUGUGGAACUUAAAGCAUCUGAAACCCAGAAGUCAAUCCUGGAACAAGACUUAGCCACAUAUAUAACAGAGUGUAGUAGCCUGAAGCGCAGUCUUGAGCAGGCACGUGUGGAGGUAUCUCAGGAGGAUGACAAAGCACUCCAACUCUUGCAGGACAUUCAGGAACAGAGUCGCAGACUGCAGGAGAUCAAAGAACAGGAGUUCCAUGCUCAAAUGGAGGAAAUGGAAGUAACUGUACGACAGCUGGAAGAGGAUCUUGCUGCUGCCCGUCGACGGGCUGACCUCUAUGAGUCUGAACUCCGGGAUACUCGAAUUACAGCAGAUGAGUAUAGGCGGAAAGCAGCUGAAUCCCAGCAGAAACUUCAGAAGACCAGAGACCAAGGAAAAGCUGAAGUUGGAGAGGUGUAUGCCAAAUUGGAAAAGAUGAAUGCAGAACAGCAAAAGAAAAUACAGGAGUUGCAGGAAAAACUCGCUAAGGCAGUGAAAGCAAGCUCUGAAGCUACAGAUCUUUUACAGAAUGUGCGUCAAGCUAAAGAACGUGCAGAGAGAGACCUUGAGAAACUACAGGGUCGUGAGAACUCCAGUGAGAGUAUCAGGAAGAAACUGGUGGAGUCUGAGGAACGCCGCAAGUCUCUGGAGAACCAAGUGAAGCGACUUGAAAUGGUAGAGCGGCGAGAAAACAAGCUAAAGGAAGAUUUGCAGACAAAAUCUCAGCAAAUCCAGCAAAUGGCUCAGAAAAUCCUGGAGUUAGAGGAGAGCUGGUGUGAGGCUCAGGCAACAGCUCAACGCAUGGAAACUAAUCUUCGACAGAAAGAACAGCUCUAUGAAGAUAAAAUGAAGGUCAUGGAAGCUCAGGUGAAGAUGGGCAUUGCCAAUAAGGAGUCCUUAGAAGAUUCUCGCCUCAGGCAUGAGGAGGACUCACGUAAAAAGUGCAAACUGAUAGAUGAUCAGAAAGCGACAAUCAAUGCCAUGGAUUCAAAGAUAAAGUCUUUGGAACAGAGGGUAGCAGAACUCUCAGAGGCAAAUAAACUUGCAGCAAACAGCAGCAUCUUUACCCAGAGAAGCAUGAAGGCACAGGAGGAGAUGAUUGCAGAGCUCAGGCAGCAGAAGUUUUAUUUGGAGGCUCAGGCAGGGAAGCUGGAUGCUCACAACCAGAAACUGGAGGAACAAAUGGAUAAGAUCAACCAGGAUGAACAAAGCAGCAAGAACAAAUUAUUAGAGCUUGAAACCAAGCUCAGGGAGGCCAGCUUGGAACAUGAGCAGCAGAAAUUGGAACUGAAAAAACAGGGGAAUGAAUUGCAAUUAGCCUUGCAGGAGAAGGAGGCUCAGAUUAGGAGUCUGCAAAGCACAAAAACUGCCCUGGAGAACCAAUUGCAAAUGGCCAAGGCUGAGCUGGAAGAGACGACUGCUGAGGCAGAGGAGGAGAUCCAAUCUCUGAGGGCACACCGUGAUGAAAUUCACAACAAGUUUGAAAGCCUUCGAGAAAGUUGCACGGUUAUUUCAGAUCUGGAGGAACAGUUAAAUCAAUUGAGCCAGGAAAAUGCUGAGCUGAACAACCAGAAUUACUACCUGACCAAGCAGCUGGAAGAGUUAUCUUGUGUUGGAGAUGAACGAACCCAGCUCCGGCUGGAAAUGGGCAGGAUGCGCCAGGAGCUAUCCGACCAAGAGCUCCAGCUCAGUAACCAAAAACAGACAAUCGAGACACUGAAGACAACCUGCUCAAUGCUGGAGGAGCAGGUGAUGGAUCUGGAGACGUUGAAUGAUGAGCUUCUUGAGAAAGAACGGCAGUGGGAAACCUGGAAAGCUGAAUUUGAAGAAGAAAAAACACAACUUGAGCGGCGCAUCCAAGAAAUGAAGAAACUACUGGAUAUUGAAAAGCAGAACAGAAUGCGUGCAGAUCAACGUGGCAAUGAGUCCCGGCAAGCCGUAGAAUUGGCCGUGAAGGAACAUAAGGCUGAGAUCCUAACCUUACAACAUUCCUUGAAAGAGCAGAAAUUGAAAGCAGAAAGCCUUUCUGAUACGCUGAGUGACCUGGAAAAAAAGCACACCAUGCUGGAGAUGAAUGCACGUGGCCUUCAGCAGAAACUAGAAACUGAGCGAGAGCUGAAACACAGACUGAUUGAGGAGCAAACUAAACUGCAGCAGCAGCUAGAUAUGCAUAAAACACACAUCUUCCGCUUGACGCAAGGACUGCAGGAAGCCCUGGAUCAGGCUGACCUGUUGAAAACUGAACAGAGUGAUUUGGAAUACCAGAUUGCAAACAUGCAGAUGGUAUUCUCCCAUGAUAGAGUGAAGCUGGAAGGUACUAUCACACAACAAUCUAAAUUGAUUGAUUUCCUACAAUCAAAGAUGGAUCCACCAAUUAAAAAGAAAAAGAGUUUGUUUGGGCGUCGGCGUGAAGACCCUUCUCUACCUGUCCAGAUUCCCAUGCAGUACAAUGACCUGAAAGUAGCCUUAGAUAAGGAAAGAUGUCGGAAUAUGGAGCUAGAAGAUGCGUUACAGAAAAUACGAGUCGAGCUGAAAUGUGUACGGGAGGAAGCUGCUCAUCUAAAAACAGUGGACCAUCAGCCACAAUCUACACCAGCCACAGCCAGGCACCAGAUCAUUAUGACUGCUAUUGUACAGUCCCCAGAACAUCAACCAAGUCCCAUCACCCUGCUGGCUCCUCCCUCUGGCCACAGAAAGGAGUCUUCCACCCCUGAAGACUUUGGUCGGCAGUUGAAGGAACGUAUGCACCACAAUAUUCCUCAUCGUUUCACAGUUGGCCUGAAUAUGAGGGCCACAAAGUGUGCUGUUUGCCUGGACACUGUACAUUUUGGUCGUCAAGCAGCAAAAUGUGCAGAAUGUCAAGUGAUGUGCCAUCCUAAAUGCUCGUCUUGCCUACCAGCAACAUGUGGGCUCCCCGCAGAAUAUGCUACACACUUCACGAAAGCAUUUUGCCGUGACAAAAUGAACUCCCCUGGUUUACAGCUAAAGGAUCCAGUAGCCAAUGUGCAUCUGGAAGGCUGGAUGAAGGUUCCCAGGAAUGGAAAGCGAGGGCAACAGGGUUGGGAGCGGAAGUAUAUUAUCCUGGAAGGAUCAAAAGUUCUUCUUUAUGAAAAUGAUACAAUAGAUGGGCAAAGACCAAUUGAUGAAUUUGAGCUAUGCCAGCCCGAUGGAGAUGUGACUGUUCAUGGAGCUGUUGGAGCCUCUGAGCUUGUAAACACUGCUAAAACAGAUGUGCCUUACAUACUAAAGUUGGAGUCUCAGCCCCACACAACCUGCUGGCCUGGUCAAACACUCUAUAUGCUUGCUCCAAGCUUCCCAGAUAAACAGCGUUGGGUCAAUGUAUUGGAAUCUGUUGUGGCUUGUGGGAGAAGAUCAUGUGAAAAAUCAGAGACAGCUGCUGCUGAAGUGUCCCGGAGAGAAGAUGAUCUUUCCCAGUUGAUGAAGAAGCUAUUGGGAAAUUCAUUACUGAAAUUGGAGGGAGAUGACCGUUUGGAUAUAAACUGCACUGUGCCACUCACUGAACAGAUUGUGCUGGUUGGUACAGAGGAAGGUCUGUAUUCGUUAAAUGUUGUGAAGAACUCCCUGGUUCACAUCCCUGGUGUGGGGUCAGUGUUCCAGCUUCAUAUCCUGAAGGAGCUUGAGCGACUCGUCAUGAUUGCAGGAGAUGAGCGAACCCUCUGUCUGGUGGAUGUUAAGAAGGUGAAACAGUCAUUAGCUCAAUCUCACCUGCCAGGCCAGCCUGAGCUUGUACCUACAGUCUUUGACAGCCUGAAAGGAUGCCACCUGUUCGCAGCAGGGAAAAUUGAGGCUGGACCAUGUAUCUGUGCAGCAAUGCCAAACAAAGUGUGCAUCUUACGUUACAAUGAUGGACUUGACAGCUUUGCCAUCCGCAAAGAAAUUGAAACAUCCGAGCCUUGCAGCUGUAUCCUAUUCACUGGGUACAGCAUCAUCAUUGGUACCAACAAGUUCUAUGAGAUAGAGAUGAAGCACUAUACACUGGAGGAAUUUCUGGAUAAGAAUGACAUGACUCUGGCCUCUGCUAUUUUUGCUGCUUCAUCCUACAGUUUCCCAAUUGCCAUUGCACAAGUGAAUGCUGCUGGCCAAAAGGAGGAGUUUCUGCUCUGCUUCCAUGAAUUUGGAGUCAUUGUUGAUUCAUAUGGAAGGCGUAGUCGUACUGAUGACCUAAAGUGGAGACGUUUGCCUCUGGCAUUUGCUUACAGAGAACCUUACCUGUUUGUAACUCACUUCAACUCGGUGGAGGUUAUUGAGAUUCAGGGUCGCAAUUCAGUCGGCGUUCCAAGUCGUGCUCAUUUGGACAUCCCGAACCCCAGAUAUCUCGGCCCUGCAAUUACACCGGGAGCCAUUUACAUGGCGUCAUCCUAUCAAAAUAAACAGCGAAUUAUCUGUUGUAAAGGAAACUUAGUGAAAGAAUCAAGCAACGAUCAACAGGGUGCAAUCAACAGCCGUAGGUCUCCUUCCCACAACAUGGACCCUGUUUCACCAACAGCAAACAUGACUAGCAGCCCUAAUAAGCGGGGUCUUCCGUCCUACAAUGAACACAUGUCAAAGAAACUGGCACCUGGCCCCAGAGAAGGUUCACCUCAGGAUUUGAACAGAUCUGUCAGGUACAGAGAAGGUAGACAGGAGGUGAGAAGAGACAAAUCACCACGAAGGGGCUUGGAGAGGGAGAAAUCUCCAGGCAGACCUUUGGACCCUAGUAGGGAGAGGUCGCCAGGAAGAAUGUUGGAUGAAAACAGAGGGACCAGUAUCCGGUUCCCUGCAGGAUCGUCAAGGGCCCCAGUUGCCAAGACCUGGGACCAGUCAGCUGUGUGAGUCCAGUGGUGUCUUACAGAUGAAGAGGUGUGUAUUGCGCAUGUGAAUUCCACUCUUUCAACAUUUGGGAGAAUGGCUUUCAGACUAUGGAGAUCUACAGGACUAACUAAAACUACGCACGUUUGUUUGCUUUAGUCACUAAGGGAA